GCCUCUUCCCUUCAUAUAUAAUAAAUUUCUUCUUAAAUAAACUGCUUCUGAAUAUACUCAAAAACAACAAAAAAAAAUGGCUUUCAGGGCAGUGAGGUGCUGGAGAUCAAUGGUGGAAUGCGAGAAUGCUAACCGAGCAAUUAUGCGCCGCUCAUUCGUCUCGACCGCCCCGAAAAACUCCAGCUCCGCCUCCACUGCCGUGAACAAUGAACAGCACAAGCAGAAGAACAAAUGGGUCACCCCAGAGAUGGUGCCACUGGUUGGAAUGAUGGGAAUUGCGGUUGCAAUAGGUAUCCACACAGCAUACAAGAAUCUAGUUCAUGCACCAUCUGUAAAACUCACCAAAACCAACAGGGGUUCUAUUUCUGAAGCUGAUAAUCCUGAUGAACAGAUUUACUCGGGUGGUAAAUUUGUGAAUACUUCGUUUCUUCGCAAAGUUGGUCACAUCCAGGAUAGCAGCCGACACUGAACUGAGCCAGCAUCAAUGAUCAUCAAGAUAUAAUUGAUAAAACAUGAGUAUAUUUAUUAUUUAUUCACCAUGUAUAAGAAAUGACUAUAGUUUUUCAUCCGCUUCCUUCCGAUAGUUUCUAGAAUUCAAAGGAGGGACGGGGCUGAGUGUUUUAUAUUAUUUUUAAAUGUUUGUAAGAUGUGAUUGAUAUCUAUGGAUAUCUAUGUACUCUCUGUGUACUCUCAUAAAGAUUAUUAAUUAAGUUCACUUAAUUUAAUUUUG